CACGAGAUAUCUCAUCUGGUAUUCUUGUAAGGUCAGAAACAAGCUUCUCACAGUUCAGAAGGACACGACAGAGAGAGAGGCGUAGGGCAAAUGGGAAGCUCGGCUUUGCUGUCCUCCGCUCAUCUCACUAGCUGCUCAGGGCGUCCGCAAUUUAUCUUUUGGCGAUGUGAAGUUCGCCGGAGCGGCGGCGGGGCAAUCCCCUGUAACUCCAUCUCCUUUCGGAGCUCUAAGAAGCAGCACUUACUCUGCUUUGCUCUGGAGGAAGACGGCGGAAGAGAGGUGCAGCAGUCGCCGCCGACAAGUGGCACAGGAGCAGCCCUGCAAGAGAAACCAACAGUUGAAACUUCAAGCCUCAAGGACAAGCAGAUUGAAAACAGGGAAAAUGAACAGGGCGCUUUAUAUAAUUUUCUUUACCCUAGCAAGGAGCUUCUACCUGAUGACAAAGAGAUGAGCAUUUUUGACCAUUUAGAGGAGCUCCGUGAUCGAAUAUUUGUGUCGGUUUUGGCUGUGGGGGGUGCUAUCAUAGCCUGCUUUGCAUUCUCCAAGGAUUUGAUCAAACUCCUUGAAGCACCUGUCGCCGCUCAGGGCGUUCGUUUCCUUCAACUUUCUCCCGGGGAGUUUUUCUUCACUACAUUAAAGGUUUCGGGUUAUUGUGGUCUUUUGCUUGGGAGUCCAGUCAUUCUAUAUGAGAUUAUAGCAUUUGUUCUUCCUGGUCUGACGAAGGAUGAGAGAAGGUUUCUCGGACCCAUUGUCUUGGGUUCUUCGGUGUUGUUUUAUGCUGGCAUUAUCUUCUCCUAUGCAGUCCUGGCGCCUGCAGCCUUGAAUUUUUUCGUAAAUUAUGCAGAAGGUGCAGUUGAGUCCUUAUGGUCUAUUGAUCAGUACUUUGAGUUUGUCUUAAUUCUUCUGUUCAGUACUGGCUUAUCAUUCCAGGUUCCAGUUAUUCAGCUUUUGCUGGGGCAGUUAGGUUUGGUAUCAGGGGAUCAAAUGUUAUCUAUCUGGAGAUAUGUGGUGGUUGGAGCAGUUGUUGCUGCUGCUGUGCUCACACCUUCAACUGAUCCCCUCACACAGGUACUGCUGGCAGGGCCAUUGAUGUGUCUCUACCUGGGUGGCGCUUGGAUGGUUAAGCUCAUAGGCCGCUGAUCAUUUAAAAUCAAUUAAAGCCUAUUAUGUUGAACUUAUUAUCUCCAUUUUUAUAUGGUGAUAUUGUCAGCAACUGUAUAUAUUUUGCUGAAUUUGGAUGUAUUAUUGGCUAAGCUUGUCUUUUUUUCUUUUUCAUGGUGGUGGUUAGGGAUAAUUACAUUUGAUGCUGCAAGUAAUAAA